AUGGAUGAGAACCAGGAUUACGACAAUGUCGAACAUGUGGACGAUGAACAAUUGAACGACAACGUGGUCGAAGAUGUUAACGAUGUUGCUGAGCCGUCUCAUUUAUCCCGUUUACAACAAUUUACUAAUAUGCUUGAGUUUCAACGACAACAAAUUAUGCAUGCGUACACAGUGUUACAAUCUAAUACGCCUAUGAGAAGGGUCCCGUAUCGCCAAACGACGUACACCAGAGCGGACUGGAUUAACGAACUCCUAUCGGGGCACGAUCGAAGAUUCUACGAUGCAAUGGGUAUGAACAAGAAAGUAUUCAAAUUUCUUUGCCAAGAAAUAAAACAGACGGGUUGCCAUGGCGAUGAAAGACAACAAAAGGUCCGCAUUCAAGAAAGUGUUGCGGUGUUCUUGCAUACGAUAAAAGGUCACCAAAGGCAUCGACGUGCUGCCGAGUCAUUUAAUCGAUCCACCAAGACGAUUAGUAACUAUGUACAUAUCAUGGUCACUGCCCUAUGCAAAUUGGCUCCCAAGUACAUACGUCCACCAGAUUUUAAUCGUGUUCCUGAUUGGAUACGAAAGAAUAGAUAUUUAUAUCCAUACUUUAAGGAUUGCAUCGGCGCCAUCGACGGAACCAUCAUACCAGCUUGGAUACCUGAACAAGAUCAUGGAAAAUACAGAUGUCGCAAAGGCAGCGCGAAUGAUGCCCGUAUUUUUGCUGAAACGUUGACUGACCCUACAAAUACUUUCCCCUGGCCACCAGAGGGAAAAUAUUAUGUGGUGGACUCCGGCUAUGCCAAUAUCCCGGGAUUCUUGUCACCUUAUCGUGGCGAUAGGUAUCAUCUCCCGGAGUGGAUUCGGUCAAACCAAACCCCUCAAAAUGCGAGAGAGCUAUUUAACCGACGCCAUGCAACGGUCCGGAAUGUGGUCGAGCGUAGCUUUGGUAUACUAAAAGGUAAGUUCCCUAUUAUAAAAGGCCUAAUGCCCAACUACCCGCCUGAGUUCCAGACAGACAUAGUAAUUGCCUGUUGUGUUGCACAUAAUUUCAUCCUUGAACACCAAAAGUUUGCUAACGUACCGCUUGCCAUGCAAGACCCGGACUACAUACCAGAACCAGAUGAAUACGACUUUACAAGGACUUUGAGGACAACGUUAGAUACCUCUAAUGUUGGUUUACGUGAACAGACUGGUUUGCGCGAUACGAUUGCCGAUGCGUUGUGGCGUGAUCACGCAGGCAGACAUCAUUAG